UUUUUCUAUGGGAUUUCAAGAUGGCGUCGAGCGGAGGAAAUGGGGAACACGAAUGGACAGCGGCGGUGCGACCGCUUUUAUCAGCUUCGUACACCGCUUUCGAAACGAAAGAGCUACCUCAUCUUAUCGGGUCCAUCAUCAACAGUGAAUCGGACAUUCUUCAUCAUGACAAACAGUAUGAGCCGUUCUACUCGUCAUUCGUGGCGCUCUCUGCACAUUACAUCACCACAGUAUGUGGACAAAUACCAAGAAAUCAGUUGCUCUCGGUGGCUGCAGCGUGCAAAGUUUUGAUUGAGUUCUCUUUGCUGCGCCUGGAGAACCCGGAUGAAGCAUGUGCAGUGUCACAGAAACACCUGAUUCUUCUAAUAAAAGGACUUUGCACUGGCAGUAGCAGACUAGACCGCACAGAAAUUAUUACUUUCACUGCAAUGAUGAAGUCUGCCAAACUGCCUCAAACUAUUAAGACCCUCUCCGAUGUGGAGGAUCAGAAGGAGGUGCCCAGUGUGGUGAACCCAGAGCUGCGACACAAAGAAGUACAGAUGAACUUCUUUAAUCAGCUGACUUCAGUUUUUAACCCCGACCUUACCACCAUGUUGGCCUCGCCUUCAGCACACACACAGACUGAGAGUGAUUGCGAGGACCAGACCUCUGAUCAAGCUGUUCAGGCCAAAAUGAAGAAUGCAUUUGUCUCUCAGAAUGUGUCAAGCUUACAAGAACUGGGUGGGUCCGAGAAGCUGCUGCGAGUGUGUCUCAACCUGCCGUACUUCCUACGUUACAUAAACCGUUUCCAAGAUGCCGUGUCCGCAAACUCGUUCUUCAUCAUGCCCGCCACAGUUGCUGAUGCCACAGCUGUCCGCAAUGGAUUUCAUUCACUGGUGAUCGACGUAACUAUGGCUUUGGACACCCUCUCUCUGCCUGUACUGGAACCAUUGACACCAGGCAGACUACUGGACAUGACUGUGCUGGCUUUGAGCUGUCUCUAUGCUGGUGUGAGCGUAGCCACCUGCAUGGCCAUUCUGCAGGUAGGAAGCGGCUUGCAGCUUCGCUCUUCCUCUACUGGGACUAAAGAGGAGGACUAUGAAAACGACGCUGCAACAAUAGUCCAGAAAUGUUUGGAGAUCUACGAAAUGAUUGGGCACGCUAUCAGCAAUUCUCGUCGAGCUGGAGGAGAGCAUUAUCAGAACUUCCAGCUGCUCGGAGCGUGGUGCCUUUUAAACAGUCUAUACCUGAUUCUUAACCUGAGCCCCACAGCCCUGGCAGAUAAAGGCAAAGAGAAGGAUCCAUUGGCGGCCUUGCGUGUCCGAGAUAUUGCCGCACGCACCAAGGAUGGUGCGGGGUCACCUAAAUUGGGUCCUGGCAAAGGACACCAAGGAUUUGGAGUUUUGUCAGUAAUCUUGGCCAACCACGCAAUCAAGCUUUUAACAUCACUUUUCCAAGAUUUGCAAGUUGAAGCUUUGCACAGAGGUUGGGCGAGUGAUGGACCACCAGCUGAGCUCAACAUCAUGGCACAGAGUACUUCUAUCCAGAGGGUCCAAAGGCUCAUUGACUCCGUACCGCUGACCAACCUGCUCUUCACCCUUCUCUCCACUGCCUAUAAGAAGGCUUGUGUGCUCCAGCGUCAGAGAAAAGGGUCAGUCAGCAGUGAUGCCAGUGCGUCCACUGAUUCCAACACCUACUAUGAGGAUGACUUCAGCAGCACUGAGGAGGACAGCAGCCAAGCAGAGAGAAGACAGGAGAAGACAUGUGCAGCUUGUGUCUCAGAUGAUGACAGUGAGCCCAUCCUGGGACUUUGGUUUGAAGAGACUAUCUCACCUACCAAAGACAAAGUAGCUCCUCCUCCACCUCCACCACCCCCUCCCCUGGAGACCUCUCCCAGGCUGAAGAGCCCCAGCAAGCAGAAUACAAGCGAGAAUGGCAACAUUUUGGCGGGUCGUAAAGAUCCAGAGCUUUUCCUCAGUUUGGCCUCCAGCAUUUUGAACUUCAUGACCACUUCCAUGCUGAAAUCCAGGAACAACUUCAUCCGCAACUACCUGAGUGUGUCUCUAACAGAGCAACACAUGGCAACCUUGGCCAGCAUCAUAAAAGAUGUGGAUAAAGAUGUGAAAGCAUCAUCAGAUGAGGCAUUUUCAUUAGCGCUGUAUCACUUCAACCACACUUUGGUAACAUCAGACCUGCCAUCCCCAGCCCUGCAAAACACCCUCCUUCAGCAACUAGGUGUUUCACCCUUCUCAGAAGGUCCUUGGCCUUUAUACAUUCACCCUCAGUCACUUUCAGUCCUCUCUAGACUCCUCCUCAUAUGGCAGCACAAAGCCAGUGUCCAAGGAGAGCCAGAUGUGCCCGAGUGUAUGAAAGUCUGGGAAAGAUUUCUGGGAACGUUGAAGCAGCACACAAUUCAGGGAUCUGUUCAGGGAGAGGAUGACCUUAAUGUGGAGCACCUUCAGCUUAUGCUACUGCUCUUCCACAAUUUGUCAGAGCGUGGCCAUAGAACAGUACUCACGUUGGUUACCCAAGCCAUCACUGAAGUGGCACAGAGUAGAGACAGCCAGCUGAAGGCUGUGCCCCUCAACCUUGCUCGCCUGCUGCUGGUUUUUGACUACCUGCUGCGACACUACUCCAAGGCUCCCUUGUACCUUUUUGAACAGGUGCAGUACAAUCUCCUCACUCCUCCAUCAACUGGACCAAGUUCUCUGAAUGAUGGCAGCAAGCGCAGCAAUCUUCCGCUUUACUAUGGCUUUAGAGAGGUGGAGGAGAACUGGGCAAAGCACAGUUCAGCCAAUUCAAAUGCUCAGCCAAAAUUCUACUGCGUUUUGUCCCCUGAGGCAUCUGAAGAUGACAUCAGCAGACUAGAUAGCAAGGUAUUUUCAAAGCUGUUCAAUGGAGCAGUGAAUUACGAUGCACUUUAUGCUUGGUUAAUCUCACUGCUGGCAGCUGGCUCUCAGUUUGACACAUCAAGAAGGCAGGAGAACAAACCCAUCACUCCUAUGGAGGCCUGUUCCCUUCAGUACUUUUUCCUAGUGCUGUGGAGGAUCCUGGGGGCUUUGCCACCUUCCAAAGCCUACAUGGAGCAGCUCAAGUCUGGGUGUGAGGAUCCCAGUGAAAGUGACAUCCUGCACACUUUGCGAUGGUCCUCGCGUCUUAGAGUGCCUAUUUAUGUGAACUGGAUCAAGGAACACUUGGUGAAGCAGGGAAUGAAAGCAGACCAAGCAGCCACUUUGAUUGAAAUGACUGUCGCUAAGUGCAGCACAGUUAAAUAUGAUGUCGAGCUGGCGGAGGAGUACUUUGCCAGACAGAUUUCAAUGUUCUCCAGUGUAGAUCCAAAUGUUAUUGUUCAGCUCGAUCAGCUGCCCUCACUACAAGCCAUCUACACGCUAGAUGCAGUCAUCUCUAAAGUGCAGGUCUCCCUGGAUGAACAUUUGUCAAAGGUUGCCAUUGAAACAGACGCUCACAAGUCGUCAGAGAUCACAAAGAACUUGAUGUCUGCCACGCUACAACUUGCAAAUGUCUACACAACCUUUACAAAGUCCUAUCUACUAAUAAACAUCCCAGAGGAAGGGGAAAACAAGCUGACAGAUGCCAAGCUCCAAGGUUAUGCUGCUGUGCUGUCCAUCGGCUCCACUCGCUGCAAAGCCAACCUGCUGGGGCAAAAUAUUAUGCAGAACUUACCACCAGCUGUUCAAACGAUAUGUGAGACAUGGAAUGGCAUCCAUACCAACGAAUUCCCCAACAUUGGAUCUUGGCGAAAUGCAUUUGCCAAUGAUACCAUUCCAUCAGAGAGUUACAUCAGUGCUAUCCAAGCAGCGCACCUAGGAACUCUGAGCUGCCAGUCUUUGCCUCUGGCAUCCUCUCUGAAACACAUCCUGCUGUCUUUGGUUCGCGUCUCCAGUGACCUUAUUGUCACAGAGGAGCUGAAUCCUACACAAAUAGUGCAAACCUUGAUGCCCCUUCUCCUGGAGAGCAGCACUGAGAGUGUGGCAGAAAUUAGCACCACAUCACUGGAGCGCAUCCUUGGUCCGUCUGAGUCGGACGCCUUCCUCGGACGCAUCUAUGAACGUUUGGUGACCGGGUGUUAUAACAUCAUUGCAAAUCACUCAGACCCCAACAGUGGUUUGGAUGAAUCUGUACUUGAGGAGUGUCUUCAGUACCUUGAAAAACAACUGGAGAGCGUACAGGUCCGCAAAGCCAUGGAAGAGUUCUUUUCCUUCAGUGGUGAGCUUGUCCAAAUUAUGAUGGCGACAGCCAACGAAAACCUGUCUGCAAAAUUCUGCAAUAGGGUGCUGAAAUUUUUCACAAAGCUUUUCCAACUAACGGAAAAGAGCCCAAACCCCAGUCUGCUCUGUCUUUGCGGCUCCCUGGCACAGCUUGCUUGUGUGGAACCCUCACGGUUGCAGUCCUGGCUGAAGCGCAUGACAGCCAGCCCACCCAAGGACUCCGAGCAGCUGGAAAUAGUACAGGAAAAUCGUCAGCUUUUGCAGCUCCUUACCACUCAUAUAGUGCGGGACAACAGCCAGGUGGGGGAAGGAGUGUGCACUGUCCUCCUUAGCACACUAAUCCCCAUGGCAACCGACAUGCUGGCCAAUGGGGAUGGAACAGGAUUCCCUGAGCUUAUGGUCAUCAUGGCGACUCUGGCUAGUGCUGGGCAAGGAGCAGGCCACCUGCAACUGCACAGGGCAGUUAUUGACUGGCUUGCCAGAUGCAAAAAGUAUUUAACUCAAAAGAAUGUUGUGGAAAAAGUGAGCACAAACACGUCACAGGGAAAGCAUGCCAGCAUGCUGGAAUGCUCCUGUCACAUCAUCUCUUAUCUGGCUGAUGUGAUGAAUGCCUUAAGGCAAAGCAAUGGUCAAGGUAGCUCCACAUUGUUAAUGGAUGGAGAAGAGAAAGCCAUGGAGGUCGAUUCGGAUUGGGUAGAAGAACUAGCUGUAGAGGAAGAUGACUCCCAGGCAGAGGAUUCUGAUGAAGACUCUCUUUGCAACAAGCUCUGCACCUUCACCAUAACUCAAAAAGAGUUCAUGAACCAGCACUGGUACCACUGUCACACCUGUAAGAUGGUGGAUGGGGUAGGUGUGUGCACUGUGUGCGCCAAGGUCUGUCAUAAAGACCAUGAGAUCUCCUAUGCCAAAUAUGGUUCUUUCUUCUGUGACUGCGGUGCCAAAGAGGAUGGCAGCUGCCAGGUGAGACCGAAUACUUCAGGUCAUCAUGGGAAGAGAACAACAGCGGCCUUAGUAAAACGUAGCCCAAGCAGUGGCAUAGGCUCUACUCUGAAGGAAUCCUCUGCGUUCCAAAGCGAAUUGCGCAUGCCAGACAGUAGUGGUCGCCACCAGAACGCAUCACCAUGUGACAAAGGCAAGGUGACCAUCUGUGAUGGCAAACCUGGUGAUGAGGACAGACCCAAGAAAAGCAGUGUGUGCAGGAGUAUUGAAGGCUGCCAGGAAGAGCUGCUUUCCCAAGUGAAUGCAUCGUCUACUGCGGCCGUCAUACUUGAGAUGCUCAUGUUUUUAAUGGAAGCCAUCCAGACCAACUUCCAGCAAGCAUCGGCAGUAGGAAGCAGCAGCCGGGCACAGCAAGCCCUCAAUGAACUUCACACUCAAGACAAAAGUGUGGAUAUGACAGAUCAAUUAAUGGUCCCCACUCUUGGCUCUCAAGAAGGGGCUUUUGAAAAUGUGAGAAUGAACUACAGUGGCGACCAGGGACAAACAAUCCGCCAGCUUAUAAGUGCUCAUGUGCUUAGGCGCGUUGCCAUGUGUGUCUUGUCAUCUCCUCAUGGCCGCCGCCAACACCUUGCAGUCAGCCAUGAAAAGGGAAAGAUAACAGUACUGCAGCUGUCCACCCUCCUGAAGCAAGCUGACUCAAGCAAGAGGAAGCUGACGUUAACGCGUCUGGCCUCUGCUCCUGUCCCUUUCACUGUCCUCAGUCUCACAGGCAACCCUUGUAAUGAAGAUUACCUGGCUGUGUGCGGCCUCAAGGACUGCCAUGUGCUUACAUUUAGCAGCACAGGCUCUGUGUCAGACCAUCUGGUGCUGCACCCACAACUCGCUACUGGCAACUUCAUAAUCAAAGCGAUUUGGUUGCCUGGCUCGCAAACAGAGCUAGCAAUCAUAACUGCUGACUUUGUUAAGAUUUAUGACUUAUCUGUGGAUGCACUGAGUCCCAUGUACUACUUCCUCCUGCCAAGUUCCAAGAUCCGUGAUGCUACGUUUCUUUUCAAUGAGGAGGGAAAAAACAUCAUUGUCAUCAUGUCUUCAGCGGGUUACAUGUACACCCAGGUUAUGGAUGAAUCCAGCAGUGCUCAGCAUGGCCCUUUUUAUGUCACAAACGUGUUAGAUAUAACCCAUGAAGACUUGAAGGAUAGCAACGGUCAGGUUGCUGGAGGUGGGGUGUCAGUUUAUUACUCCCAUGUGCUCCAGAUGCUCUUCUUCAGUUACAGCCAAGGAAAGUCCUUUGCUGCCACAGUGAGUCGAAGCACCACUGAAGUACAGCGACUGUUCACAAUCAAUGUUAAAGGAUCCAAUGGCAGCAGCAGUAAAAUAUCACCGGCUCUUUGCCAAUGGUCUGAGGUCAUGAACCACCCAGGGCUGGUUUGCUGUGUGCAGCAGACAACAGGCAUACCACUGGUUAUUAUGGUUAAGCCUGACACCUUCCUGAUUCAGGAAAUUAAAACUCUGCCAGCCAAAGCUAAGAUUCAAGAUAUGGUAGCAAUUCGACACACUGCCAGCAAUGAGCAACAGCGCACAACCAUGAUUCUUCUCUGUGAGGACGGAAGUCUGCGAAUCUAUAUGGCCAAUGUAGACAACACCUCCUACUGGCUGCAGCCUUCACUACAACCCAGCUGUGGCAUCAAUAUCAUGAAGCCUGUCCGUAAGCGCAAAGCCGCUGCUACUGCAACCCGAACCUCCAGUCAGGUGACAUUCCCAGUAGACUUUUUCGAACACAACCAGCAAUUGACAGAAGUAGAGUUUGGUGGCAAUGACUUGCUGCAGGUCUACAAUGGACAGCAGAUCAAACACAGACUCAACUCUACUGGGAUGUAUGUGGCUAAUACCAAGCCUGGGGGAUUCACUGUGGAAGCGGUCAACAACAACACUUCAAUGGUGAUGACAGGCAUGCGGGUGCAGGUGGGCACUCAGGCCAUUGAAAGAGCUCCCUCCUACGUGGAGGUCUUUGGCCGUACAAUGCAAAUAAAUCUGACAAGGGCCCGCUGGUUUGACUUUCCCUUCACGAGGGAGGAAGCGCUACAGGCUGACAAGAAGCUGUCAAUCUUCAUUGGAGCAUCAGUUGACCCAGCUGGAGUCACCAUGCUGGAUUCAAUCAAGAUCUAUGGAAAAACAAAAGAGCAGUUUGGUUGGCCUGAGGAUGCACCAGAAGACUUCUCCUCAGCCUCGGUUAACAACGUUUGCAGUCCCAACCUCAACCAGGGCAACGGCUCCUCUGAUGGAGACGUCGCUACACCAACCACCACCAGUGGCACUGUGUUGGAGAGUUGUGAAAUUGAGUCCUUAUCGACCUUGGACCGGUUAGUUGUCAGUGCUCUUGAAGCUCUGGAAAGUUGCUUUGCGGUUGGAUCGUCAAAUGAAAAGGAGAAGAACAAGGCUGCUGCAUUGGAGCUGGCCACUCUACUCUUGUCUAUGCCAACACCUGCAGGUGUGCAGCAGCAGACCAAGGGACUUCUUGCCAGUCUGCACACAAGUCGCACUGCCUACCACAACCACAAGGACCAGUCCUUGCUGAGUAAUGCAGUGCAGUGUCUGAACAGCUGCAGUCGUGAGGGUAAAGAACUGGACCCUGAUGUCUUCCAGAGACUUGUGAUCACCGCCCGCUCCAUUGCGAUCAUGAGGCCCAACAAUUUGGUGCAUUUUACAGAAUCAAAAUUACUUCACAGUGAUUCUGACUUGACAGAGGAUGGGCAAAAACAGUUGGAAGGCGAAAGCCAUAAUUUUAUCUCACAACUGAUGAAUAAUUUUUGGAAGCUACAUUCUCUGAAACCUAAGAAUGCUUUUCUCGCUCCUGCUUGCCUGCCCGGAUUAACUCAUGUGGAGGCAACCGUAAAUGCCCUUGUGGACAUCAUACAUGCAUACUGCACCUGCGAGCUGGAUUACAUCAACAUGGCCUCCAAGAUCUACAUGCAAAUGUUACUCUGCCCUGACACAGCAGUGAGCUUUGCUUGUAAGCAGGCACUAAUCAGAGUGCUGCGGCCCAGAAACAAGCGCCGUCAUGUAACCCUUCCGUCCCCCCCACGUUCCAACACACCCAUUGGAGACAAGGACGAUGAGGACGAUGAUGACGCAGAAGACAAAAUGCAAUCAUCGGUGCUCACUGGCGGAGAGGAGGGUAGACCGGAUAGUCAGGAGCAGAAUGAAGUGGACAACGGUGACUUUGAAAUGGUGCUCACAAAUGAGUUACAUCCAGGGUUAUUUGUGCUUCAGUCAGAAUCUAUGGUCCUGGAGACACCCGAGAAUGUGAACAAUGGAAAUCCAUCUCCUCUGGAAGCAUUGCUGGCUGGAGCCGAGGGUUUCCCCCCUAUGCUGGACAUCCCUCCUGAUGCGGAUGAUGAAACUAUGGUAGAGCUAGCCAUUGCUCUCAGCCUCCAGCAGGAUCAGCAAGGGAGUAGCAGCAGCGCCCUUGGCCUUCAAAGCCUUGGCCUAUCUGGUCAAGCCCCAAGCUCCUCGUCACUGGAUGCUGGAACACUAUCUGACACCACUGCGUCAGCCCCGGCAUCUGAUGAUGAGGGCAGUACUGCUGCUACUGAUGGCUCUACAUUGCGGACUUCCCCAGCUGAACAUGGCGGCAGCGUUGGCUCAGAGAGUGGAGGUUCUGCAAUCGACUCUGUUGCAGGGGAGCACAGUGUGUCAGGACGCAGCAGUGCAUAUGGGGACACAACAGUGGAAGGCCAUCCUGCAGGUCCGGGGAGUGUGAGCUCCAGCACCGGCGCCAUCAGCACCACUACAGCCCACCAGGAAUGUGAAGGCUCAGAGGGAGAAGGCGAGACAGAAGGAGACAUCCACACAAGCAACAGGCUUCACAUGGUUCGUCUGAUGCUAUUGGAGCGACUGCUACAGAACCUUUCCCAGCUCCACAAUGUUGGUGGGGUUCAAGCCAUUCCUUACAUGCAAGUGAUCCUCAUGCUGACUUCUGACCUUGACGGGGAGGACGAAAAGGAUAAGGGUGCCUUGGAUGACCUGCUUGCACAGCUCAUUGCUGAGCUCGGCAUGCACAAGAAGGAUGUUGCAAGAAAGAAUGAUCGCUGCCCUAUGAAUGAAGUACACCUGGUCAUCAUGAGACUGCUCAGCGUUUUCAUGUCUCGGACAAAAUCUGGUUCCAAAUCCUCUUCUGAGGUACAAAAUUAUUCUCUAACGUCAUCCUCACUGAUUUCCAACGCUACUGCGACAGCCUUGCUCAGCCUGGGCUCCAUCGAUUAUUGUCUCCAUGUGCUCAAGUCCCUGCUGGAGUUCUGGAAAAGCCAGCAGGGUGAAGAAGAACCUGUCGCCACCAGCCAGCUCCUUCGCCCACACACAGCCUCCUCUCCCCCGGACAUGAGCCCCUUUUUUCUGCGCCAGUAUGUCAAGGGACAUGCUGCUGAUGUGUUUGAAGCCUACUCGCAACUACUUACUGAAAUGGUGCUCCGGCUGCCAUAUCAGAUCAAAAAGAUUGCUGACACCAACCCACGCAUCCCACCUCCUGUUUUUGACCAUUCCUGGUUCUACUAUCUCUCUGAAUAUCUGAUGAUCCAACAGACACCGUUUGUCAGGAGGCAGGUCAGAAAGCUGCUGCUGUUUAUCUGCGGCUCCAAGGAAAAAUAUCGUCAGUUGCGGGAUCUGCACACUCUCGACUCCCAUGUGCGCAGCAUAAAAAAGCUUUUGGAGGAGCAAGGCAUCUUCCUCCGGGCUGGAAUUGUCACUGCGUCUUCUGGCUCAGCUCUGCAGUAUGACACGCUUAUCAACUUGAUGGAACACCUUAAAGCUUGUGCUGAAAUCGCCACGCAGAGGACCAUCAACUGGCAGAAGUUUUGUAUGAAAGAUGACUCGGUGUUAUACUUCUUGCUCCAGGUCAGCUUUCUAGUUGACGAGGGGGUUUCCCCAGUCCUCUUGCAAUUGCUCUCAUGCGCACUGUGUGGCAGCAAGGUGCUGGCCAACUCCUCCUCUUUGUUCUCUGGAGGUUCAUCAAGUAGCAGCCAGGGAGCAUCUUCACAGUCCUCUCAGAGCAAAUCCUCCAGUAAAAAGAGCAAAAAAGAGGACAAGGAGAAGGACAAAGAUGGUGAAGGAGUUGGCAGCCAGGAGGAUCAGUUGUGCAUGGCUCUGGUCAGUCAGCUCAACAAGUUUGCCGACAAGGAGACACUUAUUCAGUUUUUGCGCUGCUUCCUGCUGGAGUCCAACUCAUCAGCUGUGCGCUGGCAAGCCCACUGUUUGGCAUUACAUAUCUACAGGAACUCAAGUAAAACUCAGCAGGAAUUGUUGCUUGAACUCACUUGGGCCAUCUGGCCAGAGCUCCCAGCUUAUGGCCGCAAAGCAGCACAGUUUGUAGAUCUUCUUGGGUACUUCUCACUCAAGACUCCGCAGACAGAGAAAAAGCUGAAGGAAUAUUCCCAGAAGGCUGUGGAAAUCCUGCGAACCCAGAACCAUAUACUGACAAAUCACCCAAACUCGAACAUCUACAACACUCUGUCGGGCCUUGUGGAGUUUGAUGGGUUUUAUUUGGAAAGUGACCCCUGCUUGGUGUGCAAUAAUCCUGAAGUUCCCUUUUCGAAUAUCAAGCUGUCCUCUAUCAAAGUGGACACCCGCUACACAACCACACAGCAGGUUGUCAAGCUCAUUGGCAGCCAUACCAUCAGCAAAGUCACUGUGAAGAUUGGAGACCUGAAACGUACCAAAAUGGUCCGCACUAUUAACCUCUACUACAACAACAGGACUGUACAAGCCAUUGUCGAACUUAAGAACAAGCCUGCACGCUGGCAUAAAGCCAAGAAAAUGCAACUGACCCCAGGUCAAACAGAAGUGAAAAUUGACCUGCCCUUACCAAUUGUGGCAUCCAAUCUCAUGAUCGAGUUCUCUGAUUUUUACGAGAACUACCAGGCCUCCACAGAGACGCUGCAAUGUCCACGCUGCAGCGCCUCUGUGCCCGCCAAUCCAGGUGUGUGUGGCAACUGUGGUGAGAAUGUCUACCAGUGCCACAAGUGCAGGUCCAUCAACUAUGAUGAAAAGGACCCCUUCUUGUGCAACGCCUGUGGCUUCUGCAAAUAUGCCAGAUUUGAUUUCAUGUUGUAUGCUAAACCAUGCUGUGCUGUGGAUCCUAUUGAGAAUGAGGAGGACAGAAAAAAAGCCGUGACAAACAUUAACACCCUACUGGAAAAAGCUGACCGUGUCUACCAUCAGCUGAUGGGUCACCGGCCUCAACUGGAGAGCCUUUUGUCUAAAGUCAAUGAGGCAGCGCCAGAGAAGCCACAAGAUGACACAGGAGCAGCUGCAGGUCUUGGUACAUCUUCUGCCAAUGUGAACAGAUAUAUUCAACAGCUGGCUCAAGAGUACAGCGGCGACUGUAAAACAUCAUUUGAUGAACUCUCCAAGAUAAUACAGAAAGUGCUCGCAUCUCGCAAAGAACUGCUGGAGUAUGAUCUUCAGCAGCGAGAAGCUGCCACUAAGUCAUCCCGAAGCAGCAGCAGCCACCAGCCGACUUUCACUGCCAGCCAGUACCGCGCCCUCUCCGUGAUGGGAUGUGGCCACACCUCCUCCAAUAAGUGCUAUGGCUGUGCCUCUGCCGUCACAGGCCACUGUAUCACGCUGCUGCGGGCUUUAGCCACUAACCCAGCCCUCCGACAGAUUCUCGUCCUCCAGGGGCUCAUCCGUGAAUUGUUUGAGUACAACUUGCGGCGAGGUACAGCAACCAUGCGAGAAGAAGUGCGUCAGCUUAUCUGUCUUCUUACCAGAGAUCAUACGGAGGCCACUCAGCAGAUGAAUGACCUCAUCAUCGCCAAGGUUUCAGCAGCCCUUAAAGGUCAUUGGGCCAAUCCUGACCUGGUCAGUAAUCUGCAAUAUGAAAUGUUGCUGCUGACUGACUCCAUCUCAAAAGAGGGAGGAUGCUGGGAGUUACGCCUGCGAUGUGCCCUCAAUCUGUUCCUGAUGUCAGUUAACAUCAAAACGCCUGUUGUUGUGGAGAACAUCACGUUAAUGUGCUUGAGAAUCCUGCAGAAGCUAAUUAAACCGCCCGCCCCCACUAGCAAAAAGAACAAGGAUGCUGCGACUGAAUCCCUGACCACUGUCAGACCCUACUGCAAUGAAAUCCAUGCUCAAGCCCAAAUGUGGCUCAAGAAGGAUCCCAAAGCUUCGUAUGAGGCCUGGAAAAAAUGCCUCCCUGCAAGAUGCCAUGAGUUGAUGACAAAACCGCCAGGGAAGGCUGAGUUGCGGAAGCAGUAUCUGCUAGAGAAGUAUGUGUGGAAGUGGAAGCAGUUCAUGAAGUCCAGAAGAGGGGAAAGUCUUUUCCCUCGCUUGCUUAAGCUGAGCCACAACAACUGGCUGCGACAGGUCCUUUUCACACCUGCCACUCAAGCAGCUAGACAGGCAGCUUGCACUAUUGUGGAGGCUCUCACCACAAUCCCGAGUCGCAAGCAGCAGGUCCUGGACCUGCUCACCAGUUAUCUGGAUGAGUUGAGCUCGGCUGGAGAGUGUGCAGCAGAGUACUUGGGUCUUUACCAAAAGCUGAUCAAACCAACACACUGGAAGGUUUACCUUGCAGCACGAGGAGUCCUGCCCUACAUUGGCAACCUCAUCACCAAGGAAAUAGCCAAUUUGCUUUCCCUGGAGGAAGCCACACUGAGCACAGACUUGCAGCAAGGCUAUGCCCUCAAGAGCUUCACAGGAUUACUCUCAUCAUUUGUUGAAGUGGAGUCCAUUAAGCGGCAUUUUAAGAGCAGACUGGUUGGCACAGUUCUCAAUGGCUAUCUAUGUCUGAGGAAGCUGGUCGUGCAGCGUACCAAACUCAUCGAUGAGACUCAGGACAUGCUGUUGGAGAUGCUGGAGGACAUGACCACAGGUACUGAGUCAGAAACUAAGGCCUUUAUGGCAGUAUGCAUAGAGACAGCAAAGAGAUACAAUCUGGAUGACUACAGAACGCCCGUGUUCAUUUUUGAGAGACUCUGCAGCAUCAUUUAUCCUGAGGAGAACGAGGUGACAGAGUUCUUUGUAACCUUGGAAAAGGAUCCUCAGCAGGAGGAUUUCCUCCAGGGACGCAUGCCCGGAAACCCUUACAGCAGCAACGAGCCAGGCAUCGGCCCCCUAAUGAGAGACAUUAAGAACAAGAUCUGCCAAGAUUGCGACCUGGUGGCACUCCUUGAGGAUGAUAGUGGCAUGGAGCUUCUGGUGAACAACAAAAUCAUUAGCCUGGAUCUCUCUGUAGCAGAAGUCUACAAAAAAGUCUGGUGUCCAACAAAUGAGGGUGAGCCAAUGAGAAUCAUUUAUCGAAUGAGAGGUCUGCUAGGAGAUGCAACAGAGGAGUUCAUUGAAUCACUGGACUCAACCACAGAUGAGGAGGAGGAUGAUGAGGAGGUAUACAAGAUGGCAGGAUUCAUGGCACAGUGUGGUGGACUAGAAUGUAUGCUCAACCGGCUAUCAGGAAUCAAAGAUUUUAAACAAGGACGACAUCUGCUCACUGUUUUACUAAAGUUGUUCAGUUAUUGUGUAAAAGUGAAGAUCAACAGGCAGCAGCUGGUCAAACCAGAGAUGAACACACUUAAUGUCAUGCUGGGAACUCUAAACCUCGCUUUAGUUGCAGAACAAGAGAGUAAAGACAGUGGUGGGGCUUCUAUAGCAGAGCAAGUGUUGAGCAUCAUGGAAAUCAUUCUGGAUGAAGCUAAUGCAGAGAUAUCAGAGGACAAGGGUAAUUUGUUGCUUACCGGAGACCAGGAUCAGCUCGUCAUGUUGUUGGACCAGAUCAACACUCCAUUUGUGCGCUCCAACCCCAGCGUGCUGCAGGGGCUGCUUCGCAUCAUCCCAUACUUGUCUUUUGGUGAACUGGAGAAGAUGAGGAUCUUGGUAGAGCGCUUCAAGCCGUGUUGCAGCUUUGACAAGUAUGAUGAGGAACAUAGUGCUGAUGACAAAGUGUUCUUGGACUGCUUCUGUAAAAUUGCUGCUGGAAUAAAAAAUAACAGCAAUGGCCAUCAGCUGAAAGACCUUAUUCUGCAAAAAGGAAUCCCACAGAGUGCACUGGACUAUAUGAAGAAACAUAUCCCGAAUGCCCAAAAUCUGGAUGCCGAUGUCUGGAAGAAGUUCCUCUCUCGACCUGCCCUACCUUUUAUUCUCCGAUUGCUCCGUGGUUUGGCGGUGCAGCACCCUCCCACGCAGGUGCUUAUAGGCACGGAUUCAAUCACCAACCUGCACAAGCUGGAGCAAGUUUCCAGCGAUGAAGGCAUUGGCACGCUGGCGGAGAACCUUCUGGAAGCACUGAGGGAGCACAGCGACGUCAAUCUGAAGAUCGAGGCGGCUCGCAGGGAGACUCGAGCUGAGAAGAAGCGUAUGGCCAUGGCCAUGAGGCAGAAAGCUUUAGGAACCCUCGGCAUGACCACCAAUGAGAAGGGUCAGGUGGUGACCAAGACUUCACUGUUGAAGCAAAUGGAGGAGUUGAUAGAGGAACCAGGCUUGACUUGUUGUAUCUGUAGAGAAGGUUACAAAUUCCAGCCCACCAAGGUCCUGGGUAUUUACACUUUCACAAAGCGAGUGUCCUUGGAUGAAUUUGAGAACAAGCCUCGCAAACAGCAGGGCUACAGCACUGUGUCGCACUUUAACAUCGUCCACUACGACUGCCACCUGGCAGCUGUCAGGCUGGCCCGUGGGCGAGAAGAAUGGGAGAGCGCCGCUCUCCAGAACGCCAACACCAAGUGCAAUGGACUGCUUCCCGUUUGGGGGCCGCAUGUCCCAGAAUCAGCAUUUGCUACUUGCUUAGCAAGACACAACACAUAUCUGCAAGAGUGCACCGGCCAGCGUGAGCCCACAUACCAACUGAACAUCCACGACACCAAACUCCUGUUCCUUCGCUUUGCUACCGAACAGUCCUUCAGCGUGGACACGGGCGGAGGCGGCCGAGAAAGCAACAUCCACCUUAUUCCUUACAUCAUCCACACUGUGCUCUAUGUGCUCAACACAACAAGGGCUACUUCCCGCGAAGAGAAGAACCUACAGAGUUUCCAGGAGCAGCCUUGUGAAAAAUGGGUGGAGAGCUCGUAUGAGGUGGAAGGGCCACACUACUACACCAUCUUGACCAUGCACAUCAUGCCGCCUGAACGCUGGAGGACCUCACGCAUGUACUUCCUACGAAGACUCCUGGUCAACGCACACGCCCGCAAGGUGUCGUCAAGCAGCAUCAACAAACUGACAGAUAAGUCACCAAAGGAAUAUGCAGUCUAUCGCUCGCCUCUCCUCUUCUGGGGCCUGGUGGAUCUCGUCUAUGAUAUGUUCAGGAAAGUGCCCACUAGCAACACAGAGGGGGGCUGGUCCUUCUCGCUCGCAGAAUAUGUCCGUCACAACGACAUGCCCAUCUACGAAGCCUCGGAGCGCGUGCUGAGGGCUUUCCAGGAUGAACUCAUGCCUGCGGAGUCCCUGGCAGAGUUCUUCGACGUUGUAGGUCUUCUCUCAGAAAUCCCCGACCCGGACCUCUUCCUGCUGGAUUUGUUGAACUCUGUGCCCUGAUGGCAGUCUGAUCCAAUCACACCUUCCCAAAUUCAUCUACUAUUGGGUAUAAUCCAAAACAAAUCCAUCUAUCCUCUGUGUACACGCACACACAGGAACACUUAAUUAACCAUACUCACCUUCCUCCCCAUAUGAAAUGUUCCAUUUAACCUAAAUAUGUGUCAUUAAAACUCCUCACUACUUCAGCACUUAUCUAAGUAACAGAAAACAAACAUCUACACUUAGCUCAAGUCACGUUUGGCCUUCAUUUCCUUGCUGUGACUUAACAUGGUCCUGCUACAUGAAAAGAGUGAUAUUUCAGUUUAUCUUAUUCUGCUUCUUUUUUUGUUUUUUUGGUGGUGUUAGUGAGUGUUUAAAAGUGGCACAACUUACAAAAUGGUUGCCAACUCACUGUCCUUAUGGUUUUCAUAAUGGUCCUAACUGGAAUUUAAGUGACACAAAAAAGGAUGUUUCUUUUUUUUUUUUUUCAUUUGGUGUGAAUGAUUAAGAUUUACUUUAUUGACCUCCAGAAGCAAAAAUAAUAAACAAAAACAUUUAGGUCAAAGAGUUCAUCUGUUGCCGUGAUGUUCAACCUGUUGCAAUACAUAAUAAAGCAGUUAUAUCCUUAAUCACCUUCAAAUGGU